AUGGCGCCGAAUCGAGGCAUCGCAGCGCACUUUUCUGCAUCCAAAGCUUCUAUCAGCCGCAGUAAAAGCAGCAGGUCUGCUAAAGCUGCCAAACCUUCCACUACCGAAGAUGCCACCUCCGUCCCUAUCACACAGCAAUCAGCAGCAAAGUCGGCGAAGCUGGACGAUGUUGCAGCCGCCGCUGAGCUCCCUGCGGCUCCAACUUGUGCAUCGACGGCGGCGAAGCCAAUGACACCAAAGAAGCCCACAGCACGGCGACAAAUACGAAGUCGCCUACGCACGCCAGAAGAAGGCGAAGUGGAUCGCAUCAUGGCUGAGCUUCAAUCUUCACCGACUCGCAUCCCACCACCUCCUCAAGCAACAGAAGCGAAAUCUGUAAAUUUGCUGGGUACACCACCUUGCACACCAGGCAAUCGUGCUACUCGCUUUGCAUCGCCACUUCUCGAACCGACUACAACAUCGCGUAUCUCUGUUCGUACAGAUCCGGAUAGGAACAAGAUGUUUCUCAUGCUACCCAAAUCGCCUUCCAAAGCUGCCUCUGUCGCUACACCCGCGACCUCCUCUCCGACAAAACGAAAGCUUACGACUCCGCCCAAGUCCACCUCUCCCACAAAGACGCCUCGCAAUGCACUGAACGAUAGCACACCGCGACAACUCAUCACCGGCGAACCAGAACUGCCAGGGACAGAGGAAGAAGAUGGACUAGUCCUCACACCAGGUCGAUCCAAGGGCACGAGGGUGGUGCUGGGCAGUCCGAGUAAGAGUCCUCUCCUAGCACGAGCUCAGGGUGGGAGUGCGAGGGAGCAAGCGCUGAGACGAAUUGUAGCGCAAGACAUCGAAGAAGAUGAAGAAGCCGUCAUUACGCCAAGGAGUGUCAGGGAGAGAGCGAAAGGGCAGGCUUUGCCGCCGAUGGCCACAGCGAAUGCUGCGGCUGUGUUUAGAGGAGCGAGCGUUCCUUCUUCUUCAAGUGGGCCUCAGCUCGUACAAAGAAAGGAAGUUGAACGGGAGGUUGCUGCUCUGCCGAGCAACAGCUUGACGCACACAGAAAUCGAAUCUGAAACGAAAGCGUCAGAAGUCGAGUUGCCAGAACCAAAGCAUACCCUUUCGACUGACCUUGCGCUUCCUUCGUUCUACUCGAGCAUCCUCACUCUGCACAUGGCCUUGGAACACGCACUUGUCGUCCACCUUGCCACUGCUGGAGCGGCGAGUUCUACUCUUCAAUCUUGCUCUUCCUCCUCUUCUUCCGACGAGGAAUCCGACAUGGACCGUACUCGCUCCUCGCGCAACGGCACCGAACGCAAACUGAAUAAAACAGUGCGUCUACCCAACCUGAUCUCCUACACCGCCCUUCGCCCUCUCGUAGAGAGAUCAGGCGGUCGUCGUCUCGGACCUACCGAACUUGGACGUCUCGCCAGCGUCUGGCUUGAUUUCCAACGCUCGCAAAACCGAGCUGAAGAAGAGGAGGAGGUGCGAGGACUCGGGUUUAUCAUCUCCAAAACACGCUCAAUCAAUCCUCGUACAGGGCGCAGAGCUUUGGACUGGGGCAUUGGAAUAGAGUUGGAGAUCAAAAGGACAGUCCGAGCUUGCACUCCACCACCUCAAGUAGGCUUCGGAGGAGUGGAAGUACAAGCUUCUCCGAUGCUCGCUUCAGAUGCAGCAUUCGAUGAGUCGGUGGAAGGGACACCGAAGCUGCCUAGUAGUCGAUUUACCACCCCUCCUCCCUCUCCGAGCCUUUCGAGGGGCUCAAAGGGACAGUUUGCCAGUUCGCCUCUACUUGCAUCGCCGCAGAGGAGAGGAAAGGGUAGAGCUCUUUCUCCGACGCCGAAUUCGCCCAAGGUGAGGAGUAGUACGGGAUUGGGUUCGAUGGCUAGAGAGAAGGCGAGGGAGGGCAUGUCGGUGGUUGCAAUGUGGAACAAUGGGUUAGAGACGAGGAAGGCUGAGGUGGGAAGGAGACUGAGGGAAAGGUGUGCGAGGUAUCAUCAGUUGUGGUUGGAUGAGAAGGGCAUAUCUGUCCCUCCUCCUGUCACUCACGGUGCCACUGCGCAAGAGCCUGCAACGCCGUCUCGCAGGGGUACGGUAGGUUUGGGCGUUGCAUCAGUAGAUAGCGAUGACGAAGAGCACGACGCUGAGAAUGCCCUACCGCGAGAAGCAAUCAUGGGAGUAGGCGGACUGUUGACUCCAUCAGCCACUCGUUCUGGUGGCCACAAACCGGGCAACAAGCGUAUCUUCCAUCUUGAUCCAUCCGAGCUUCUUUCCGAGGAAGAAGAGGAAGAUCUGGAAGUUGGACCGCAACUGCAACGUAGGGAAGGAAAAGCAUUGCUCAUCGAUGAAGUAUCGCAUACUAUCGUGCGAAGUUCCAAGUCUAUUCCUUCUCUGCGUGCUGCCCCUUCUGCGGUGCAUGUAGUGGAAGGAGAAAUGCCACGGGAAGGCAGCGAAAUAAGAACAUGGCACCCCGACUUCCCACUGAACGACGCUCGUACAGUGCAUCCUAUCCCACCGGCCACCCUCCCUUCCCUCACCGCUCCACCGGCCACCCCCCACCGACCUCGAGAGAAAUGUUUACUCCAAUCACCCAGCACUCCGCACAAACCAGUGAGAUUCACCAGCAAGGCUGCCGUUGUUGCCCCUUCGACACCCCAAGCUCAAUGCACUGCAGGCCUCAGUCUCAGAGAGCGCAUCGCAGCGAAAGAAAGCCUGCGCCGCACCUCCUCGCUACCCUCGAUCAAUUCUCUUCACCCCUCCUCCUCACAUCUAACGCCGAUGCAAGUACUCUCUCAACGCGCUCUCAUCUCUCGUCUUCCGGAACUGUCCUCAAUCCUGUUCAUGCUCUUCUCCAACGGCACAACCCUAAGCUCGAAUGGCGUUACCCGAUCGCCCACCAUCCCGAUGCAAGAGUUGCUGGCAAAGUUGGGCAAGAGUGUCAAGAUUCAGAUGAGUACAAAGGAGUGUAGAACUGCCAUCGAUGCACUGAGGACGAUCGCACCCGGCUUCUUGGUGGUUCUGGGCGAAGGCGGGAAAGAGUAUGUGAGAGUGGGCAAUAAUCAAGGUACAGGCAGAUUGUGGCGAUUGAAUGAGGUGAGAGAGGCGAUUGCUGGCGAACUGAACAAGUAG